AUGCAUCAAAGGCGAAGAUGGUUUAUAGUUUGGUUAUAAAUGGUGUCCAAACAAAGGUCACAAUAGACGGAGGAAAAUUGACGCUCGCGCCUGAAGGCAAACCAGAAAGUAGGUGCUUCUAAAAGUGCAUUUAUGGCUAGCUACCAGUUAGAUGAUGUCAUUGGAUGUGACGAGAUAUCUACAGGUUGGUUUUUUAAGUCAGAGGUAACCCGAUUAUGGGUCAUCGAAGCUGGUCCCGCAAACACGCUGCUUAAAAAGUGCAAGAACAUAACUGGAGAUCAGAGGAAGCAAUUCCAGUUAGAGCUAGCAGAGAAAUCUAAAGAAACAAAACGUCCCAAACAAGUGCUUUUGAUGAUUAACCCAAUUGGUGGGAAUGGAACAGCACGGAAAGAUUUUGCUGAAAUUGUGGAACCAGUUUUCAAACUUGCUGGGAUAUCCAUGGAUAUUCUGUUUUCAGAACGUUCCAAGCACAUGGUUGAUGUUGCCAAAUUGUACGACUUUACCAACACUGAUGGGGUUGUUCUGCUAGGGGGAGAUGGGUCUUAUCAUGAAGUGGUGAAUGUUUUGAUGAGAAAGAAACAAGAAGAACAUGGGAUUGAUGUAGAUGACCCAAAUUCACCUCUGUCACCCCUUAACAUUCCGAUUGCCAUGAUACCAACCGGGAGUGGAAAUGGAGUAUCAGAAAACAACACUGGGAGUAAAGAUGUUUUGACGGCUGCACUUCAUGUUGUUAAAGGGAAAACCACAUCCUCUCACUUACUGGCUCUCUACAGUGGCCAUAAGCUGCUUGGGUUCGGCGGGACAGCCUCCACUUAUGGAUUUAUGACGGAUCUUCUUUACUACUCGGACAGGAAGUUCCGCUGGUUAGGACGGUCACGAUAUUUAUUUGUUCCAAUGUGGAUGUUCCUUUGCAAAUCUCUCACUCAGCGAGUUUUUAAUGCCAAUGUAACAUAUUACACUUCUGUUAGUGAGCGCCGCAACAGUGACACCAGUGAAACAGAGGUCUAUGUUGGCGAGCGGAAAUUGACAGGUUAUAGCUCCUAUACUGCAGACACGAUGGUCUUUAACAGAACCUUGUGGAACAUGAUGACCCUGAAUGGUAACGUCAUCUUUGAUGGUCAGGUGGUGUUUGAUGUACCCAGGAUGUUUGUUCCUAAACCGUCCCUGUUUUGUUCCUUCAUCUUCUAUGACACAGUGUCUGUUAGGUCGGUUUUCAAGUUCUUCAAGCAUGUUUCCAAGAGGACACCUGCGGAUAUACUGAACACAGAAAUGGAAGUUGUGAGUGCACGAGGUUUGGAGGUAGAACUGGUGGACGGUAUUGAGGCAGAGAACCAGGACCUGAGGACACUGCGACGGCUAAUACAGCUGGACGGAGAAAUGUAUUCAUUGGAGACCCCAUCAUUUCAGUUAUGGUACAAAAAGGAUGUUGUGCAAAUCUUUACAAGUUAUUUGUGAACUACAGAUCAGUGAGAAGAGAUAUUCUUCUACCGGAGGACAUUAUGAUCAUUCAUUACUUCUGAACUUUCAAUAUUUCAAUUUUUUGUAAAACUUGUAAAACUUCUUUAAAACUGUUAAAGGCCGAGGUUUUUAACUGGGUGGUUUAACUCAGGUAUAAAGUUAAGGUGAGGGCGGAGCUUAUUUCAUACAGGCGUGAAAGCCCUGAGUGAAACACGCUCGAGUGUGGAUUCAAGCUAUAUACAGAAUGUUAAAAUAUAUUACCUGUGUUAGAAGCAAUCUUAAUAUUGGUCAUUAUAACUAAAAAGUAAAAUAAUUAUCACUUUGAAUAAUUUUACAUCAAACUAUUUUUAUUUAUUUUGUAGGUUGAGGGCGUUAGCCAUUGACAAAUUAUGCAGUAACUGAUUUAUUCAUUGAUGAUAUUCAAUUACUGCAUAAUUUGUCAAUGCACUCUUGAUCGAAUUUACAUCUUAGGAAAAUAAGUUUAAGGCUGAUUGGGCUUAUUUAUACAACUAAAAAUGAUGUAUGUAUAUUGUAUAUCAAAUAUCAUGUAUCUUAUAUUUAUGCUUCAUAUAUUAGUUAAUGGAUACCAGGACAUGCAGGUUCAUGUAUUUGAAGAUUUCCUGGAAAGUGCUAUCCAUACACAUAUUUUUAUAAGUAUUGUGUUGAUAUUUGUGCAAUGAAGAUUUUCUGUUGUUAUACAAAUAAAAGAUAAUGAAAACAGAU